UUUAUUAAUAUCUAUUCUUUUUAUUUUCUAAUUAUUUUAUUUUUUUUAUUUAGCUUGAUAUGGGUUUUGAGCCACAAAUUCGUGAGAUUGUGGAACGGUCAGAUAUGCCGUCCACAGGCCAACGUUUAACACUUAUGUUUUCAGCUACUUUUCCAAAACAAAUUCAGGAAUUAGCACGUGAUUUUCUUCAUGAUUAUGUCUUUUUGGCUAUUGGUCGUGUAGGUUCAACAUCACAAAAUAUAACGCAAAAAAUUGUUUGGGUAGAAGAAACUGAAAAACGUUCAUUUUUACUUGAUUUACUAAAUAUUCAAUCUGAUACAUUAACUUUGGUAUUUGUUGAAACAAAACGAGGAGCUGAUAUGCUUGAAGAUUUUCUUGGCAAUCAUCAAUAUCUCGUGAACAGUAUUCACGGUGAUCGAUCACAAGCUCAACGUGAAGAAGCAUUAAAAUCAUUUAAAAAUGGUCGUACACCUAUACUCGUAGCAACAAGUGUAGCUGCUCGAGGUCUUGAUAUUCCGAAUGUAAAACAUGUUAUUAAUUUUGAUUUACCAACGGAUAUUGAUGAAUAUGUUCAUCGUAUUGGUCGAACAGGUCGUGCUGGUAUGACAGGUCAAGCAACAUCUUUCUUCAAUGAAAAGAAUCGUAAUAUUGCUACAGAAUUACUCGAUAUUUUAACUGAAGCCCAUCAAGAAAUACCUGAAUGGCUUGAAGGUUUAGCGAGAGAAACUAAAAAAGAUAAUUAUUCUAAACGAAAUUAUGGUGGUGGCCGUCGACCUGGUGGUUUUGGUGCACGUGAUUAUCGUAAUCCAUCUCAAUUACGCGGUAGUCGAGGUGGUGGUGGUGGUGGCGGCGGCGGUAGUGGUAGUGGUGGUAAUAAUCGUCCAGGUAGUUCAACUAGUGGAUAUAGUAAUCAUCAGCAACAAUGGGAAGGAGCCAAUGGUAAUGCCGGUGGUAAUGUGUGGAGUGGUGAUCAUCAGUCAGGUAGUGCUGGUGGUUAUGAUCGUUUUCAACCACCAACUGCUAGUGGUAAUGGUAAUCGACAAACAGAUCAAAGUUGGUGGGAUAGUACGUCAUGA